AUGGAACCAACGAGUUCUCCAUCUUCAAGCCCUUCACCAAAUCACAACAAGACUUCUUUUGCAUCUCACCUUAAGAACAGUUGCUUAUCUUUCGCUGUUUCUAUACAAGAAACAUUUAGAUAUGCAAAAGCUUCCUUUGUGGGUCAGGCAAAGACUAUAGCUGCAAGAAAUGAGAAGGAAGCAAGUGAAGCUGAACUUGAGACUUCAAAGAAACAGGUUGAAGCGGCUGAUGCUGCUGAAGAUAUCAAGAAUAGGCUCAAUAAUUAA